UAGUCAAGAUCUUAUCAAUCUUUGUAUCUGUUUUCUUGACUUCAGGUGUUUUGUGAUUCUUAUCUCCUUCUUGUCAUUUUUGUCUUUUGUAGAAAGGGAAUCUCCGCAUCGGGUUCAACCCCGAAUUGGCUCAAGACCACCGCGCUCGAGCUCGAUGUUUUUCAAUCGAAGAAAUAUUACAUAGAUGCUGAGUUAAGAGACACAGCUUGUGUGUCUGACAUUAGGGAGGCCCUUGCAUCAGCCAAAAGAGGAUACCCAUAAGUAUACUGAGCUUGUUCAAAUACUGAACACUCAAAACAAAUCUCAUGUCGAUGUUGUUGCACAGCAAGAGACACUCUUGAAAUUUCUAUCACGCUCUGUUACUUUCUUAGAUGCUGCUCACCAUGAAGAGCUUCUUAUUCGUAUUCUUGGAAUGAAAAUUUGGGAUCACCCACCUAAUGUAGUAUAUGCAUUGCUGGAGCUAAUUAUAUCACUGGCCACUACUAGGGGAAAGUAUCUGAAUUGUUGUUUGGAGAUGCUCAUAUUUAAUUUACUCUCGCAACCCCACAUACUCAAUAAGAAGAUGCGGGAAGUUCCUUCCUUGGUGCACUCUGCUCUUCACAAGAUUUCUUAUUUAGUUCCCCCGGCUCCCUCUCAAAUACUUUACAUACUCGUCAAGAGAAUGCCUAACAUAUACAACAAAGGCCAUGGUUUAGUGACAUAUGUGGAUGCCUCGUUGAAGUUGGAGAACAGCUCAAUCGGAAAGGUUGUUGGCGACCGGAUCCUUAGGGUGAUAAUGCUGAGGUUGCUAGAUCUUGAUGUGGAAAUUGAGCGGGAUGAUAUUCCCCAAGAUGACUCCACUUUAGGCUUGUUUGAUAUGGAACUUGAAGUUGCAGUUGAAGAGACCAUGAAUGAAGGAGAGGAGUGUCCAGUGCAGUCUCUAAAUCAGAAUUAUUCAAAAGUCUCCGAGUUGCUGGACAAAUUAAUGGUCCUAUCUUUUGAGCAUCUUGAAUCCUGUCAAAAUGCUGGUCGUCUGGAUGAGGUGUUUGAAAUUCUUUUCGACUUGUUUGAGAACUUAAUUCUGACGACGUGCAAACCAAAAUUUCCACAGUUCCUGUUGUUCUAUGCGUGCUCACUAGAUCCUGAAGAUUGUGGUGUGAAAUUUGCCAGUAAGCUGUUGGCCAUAUUUCUCUCCAGCAACAAAGAUCGAGUUACUAGGACGAAUGCAGUGGAUUAUCUAGCCAGCUACUUGUCUCGUGGAAAGUUUUUGCAUGCUUCUUUUGUGGCUAGAAUUUUAAAAAGACUGGUGGAUGAGUGUGCGGAUUACUGCAGAACAUACAAUGUUGGUGCUUCUUCUGGCCAUCUAGUUUUCUAUUCUGGAUGUCAGGCAAUCAUGUACGUGCUAUGCUUCCGAAUGAGAUCAAUCCUAGAUGUUCCUCGCUUCCAGUUGCUGCUUACACCGCUGGAGUCGGUUUUAUCUCACAAACUAAACCCGUUGAAGGAGUGCAAUCCAUAUGUAGUUUCUGAGUUCCUUAAACAAGCCAAAGCUGGUGGUCUGUUCAUUGUCUCGGAAGCCUUCAUUUUCGGUGACCUACCUGAGUCUGAGACCUCUCGUGCUUUUGGUGGCUUCUUCUCCUUCGACCCGUGCUUGUUCAAAAUCUCCAACAGCUUUAUCUCUCCGAACUUUAUAUACUGGUCAAUGGUGAAAAGGACUCAUGACGAAGAUGAAGCUUUUGCGGAAGUCAUAGUGUCUGGAGAUACAGACAAUGAUGAGGACUACGAUGAUGACCCCGUUCUUGAUAACGACGUGAAGAGGAUGUCUAUAACUCCUAAGCAGUCUUACAUGCGGGACACAUGGAGACUCUCGAAGAUGCCUUCGAGAAUCAGACCAUCAACAAGUCCAAGCCAAUCCCUCUGACCCCAGUGGAGCGCCUCUUAUUUAAAUGUUUUUGCAAUAUGUGUUUUGAGUUUUCAAGUUGACCCCCUUUUUUUUUGCCUUAUUUUGUGUGUACUUUGGCUUUAUAAAACCUUUAAAUCGGUUCAGUUUAAGAAAUGUCAAUCACAUCAUACGUUUUUUUUUCUUUUAUUUAUUUUUUUUUC